AUGCCUCCGAGUAACCACAGAAGGCCAAACGCCGCGUCAGUCUCCCCUCACGAACAUCACGACCCCGCAGCAUCGCCACCCAGUGCCUCCGCCGUGCUCAUGGCAACAGACGCCGACGUCGCCGCCGCGUCCCCCUACGGGGAGGACCCGCAGAAGGCAGCGGCAGCAGCCAUGGCCAUGACCUCUCCGUGCCCACUCCUCCCUGGCGCGAAGGCAGCUGCAGCAGCCACGCCGUCCGUCUUCUGCUUCCACUCCAUCUGCUACUCCGUGAAUCUAGGCCGCAAGAAGUCGCUUAUCCGCCGCUGCAUCGAGCCGUGCGUCGGGCUCGCCGCGAAGCGCAAGUCCACGCAAUUCACCUCCAUCAGCGACGACGAGGCGAAGGCCUCCGCGCCGCCCAAGAUCCGCGUUAUCCUGAACGAGAUUUCCGGAUUUGCCCGGUCGGGAGAGGUUCUAGCGAUCAUGGGGUCGAGCGGGUGCGGGAAGACGACGCUUUUGGACGUUUUGUCGCACCGGAUCGCGUCCGCGGCUGCUUCUGCGGGGCCGCUGGCGGGGGGCCGGACGGGGUACAUUGAGCUGGGCGACAGGCCGACGACGGACGAUCUUAUGCGACGCAUUUCGGCAUACGUGAUGCAGGACGACCUCAUGUACGCGACGCUGACGGCGCGCGAGACGCUCAUGUUCUCGGCGGAGAUGAACCUGCCGCGAAGCUUCUCGUACAAGGAGAAGCAGGAGCGCGUGGAGCGGCUGCUGGAGCUGCUUAGCCUGCAGCACGCGGCGAACACACUCAUCGGGAACGAGAACCUCAGAGGCGUGUCCGGCGGCGAGCGCAAGCGCGUGGCGAUCGGCGCGCACAUCGUGCACGACCCGAAGGUCCUCUUCCUGGACGAGCCGACCUCGGGAUUGGAUUCCUCCAACGCGUACCGCGUGGUGAAGAUUCUCAAGGACAUCGCCCUCACGUCCGAGAGCAUCGUGAUCAUGGUGAUUCACCAGCCGUCGUUCCGCGUGCUGGAGCAGAUCGACCAGCUGCUCAUGCUCUCCACCGGCAAUAUGAUCUUCUUCGGCCCGCCGCCGCAUCUCCCGGCGUUCUUCGACGCGUUCGGAACCCCCGUGCCGAAAUUCGCGAACCCGACGGAGUUUGCGCUGGAGCUGCUGGAGCAGCUGAAGAGCACGUCCGAGGCGGCGCUCAUGGAGCUGGUGGCGUUCGCCGCCGACUGGCACCGCAGCCGCGACCACAUGGCGCACGCCAAGACGGGCCGGCACGCGAAGCCCGCGCUGCUCGCCGCGCCCGGCGGCGGCGACGGCGGAGAGACGGACGGCGGCAGCGGUGCGGGUGCGCACGGGAGGAAGGGCGCGGACGGAAAGAAGAAGUUCUGCGGGCUGGCGGGGAAGCUGGGGAAGAAGGGGGGGAAGAAGGGGGAGGAGGGGGAGGAGGAGGAGGUGGUGGAGUCGGGGCAUAAGGGCACGCACCGGUACGCCAACUCGUGGUUCCGCGAGUUCUACAUUCUGUUCGUGCGGUCGGGGCUGAUGAUCAUCCGCAACCCGCUGCUCUACUUCUUGCGCCUCAUGCUGCUCACCGUCGCCGGUUUCCUCCUCGCCUCGCUCUUCUACAAACCCAGUCAUGAUCCGCAGGGCAUGUUGGAGCGGCUGGCGUACCUGUCGUUCAUCGUGGCCAUGCUCUUCUUCUGCUCCGCUGACGCCACGCCCAUCUUCAUCAUGGAGCGCAACAUAUUCAUCCGCGAGACGUCGCACAACACGUACCGCGCGUCGACGUACGUGGUGGCGACGAUGGCGGUGUACAUACCGCUGCAGGCGCUCAUGGCCAUGACGCUCACGCUCGAGUCGUGGUGGACCGUCGGGCUGUCGGGCGGCUUCGCCGGCGCGCUCUUUUUCGCCACCAUCUGCUUCCUCUGCCUCUUUACUGGCAACGCCAUCGCCACCUUCGCCAGUUCCUUCUUUAAGAACAUGAUUCUGGCGUACGCGACGGUGAUAUCGACGAUGGCGUAUUUCACGCUGGUGUCGGGGUUCUACAUCCACCGCACGUCCAUCCCCAAGUUCUGGAUCUGGCUGCACUACAUCUCGCCCAUGAAAUACGCCUUCGAGGCGCUCGUGCAGAACGAGUUCGUCAGGGACUCGGGUCCAUGCUACCUAACGCUGAACGGGGCGUUUGACAUUGAGCCCAUCAGCACGUACGUGAACACGACGCGCCUGAAGCCGGCGCUCAUGUCGUUCCUGCCCAACGUGGUGACGCCGGGCGUGGGGCCACUCACGUCGCAGUCGUGCAUCAUGACGGGCACGUUCAUCAGCCGCAAGUACCUGGAUAUUGUGGAGCUGAACAAGUACCAGAGCAUGGCUGUGCUGUUCUCCAUGGCGCUCUCGGUGAGGAUUGGCCGCAUAACGUCACUCGAGCUCGACUCCCCACUCGACCGACGGUUCAUCGAGUUGAACGAAACGCCGCCUCCCCCAGUAGACGCCUUCCCUUCACUGCGCUCACUCACGCUCCUCUACCAGCCCUCGCAGUACCGCUUCAUCGCCCGCUGCUCCUCCCUCACCUCCCUCACCCUCUGGCGACCCAACGCCUUCGUCCUCUUCUCCCUCGCCUCCUCCUCCUCCCCUCUCCACCUCUCCCUCUCCUCCCUCACCAUUCACUCCGCUUUGCUCGAAGCUGCUCUCACGCCUCUCACCGCCUUCCCUCGCCUCACCUCUCUCGCCUUCCACUCCUGCAGCAUCGAUUCUUGUGAGCUGCACGCGCUCUCUCGCUCCCUCCACACGCUCACGCACCUCGCAGUCCACGACUGUCCCUUAGUCUCCAGUCAUUCCCUCGCCGCCUUGGCUGACACCAACCCGGCUCUCUCCUCCCUCUCCCUCCACUCCACCUCCUACCCUCUCUUCGCCGCCCAAGGCCUUCGGAACGUGCUCCGCGCGUCCUCCUCCCGCCUCCACACCCUCACGCUCUCCGGGCUGCCCGCGUUCCGCCCCGGCACGCUUGCACGCUGCAGCGGUCUGAAGCGUCUUACGCUGAGAGGGAGGGGGGAGGCGAGGGAGAGUGUAUCGCCGUCUGAGUCGACGUAUGAGUCGCCACAGGAGCCGUCUUUGGAGGGCCUUGUGGCCUUUCUGGUGCGCGUGGAAGAAAGGGGUAGCGGUGGAGGAGGAGUGGAGCAGCGGGGGUGCCUGGAAGGAACGGAGGGAGGGGUCGAUGGAGGGGAGAGACGGGAAGGGAAGAAGCGCGGGGAAGGAGGAACACCUGCGUCCGGUUCAGCAGCAGCAACAGCAGCAGAAACAGCAGAAACAGCAGAAGAAGCAACAGCGGCAAGAGCUGCAGCAGAAAGCACAGCAGAAGCAGCCACGCCAGUACCGACCCACGCUGGGACGAGGGGCAACACGGACCGACGGUACUACCUGGAUAUCCGCACGGAAGCGGCAGCAGCACACGCUGACACAGCCGCAGCAAUUGACGAUUCAAGGGCCCUGCUGCUGACGACCGCUAAGCAGAAGCUCCGGAAAGCAAUUGCGGAAGCGCAGCAGACUCCGCGCAUGCACGGGGAGUCCGCCCUCGCGAAUAUCCGGAAUGCGGUGAUUCUGGUGCGAGCGGCCAUGUCGUUCUGCCGGUGCGUGCGGCUGGCUGUGGUCCACGUGGACGGCCGGAUGGCACGCGAGGCAGCACUGAAAAACGUCGGUUCUGCUGCUGAGUCUGCAGGGUUCUUCACUUCAGCAGUGGAUUAUGAGAGAGAGGAGCGCGAACGGGAGAGGGCGGGGCGGGAGGGAGGAGGAGGAGGGAGGGAGGUGGAAGAGCUAGUGGGGUUCGUCCCUGAGAGUGACCUGCCGGCUGAUCUGGCGGAAAUAAGCGAGACGCUGCUGGGGGAGCAGACGGGUGUGUGGCCGGCGUUUGUGGCGGUGUCGAGAGAAGAUGCGCACAGGCUGCUGCAUGUGCUGAGGGAACAGCUGGAUGCGCACAUGGAGUCUUUCAUUGAUGCCUUUGAGGGCGCGACGCCCCUCGCAGUGAUCUGGGCAGCUGCGGCACCCGGGGCGCCCGUCGCAGUGCCGCCACCAGUGCCUGGGGCAGCGGCACCAGUGGCAACGGCACCAGGAGCAGCAGCACAUGGGGCAGCAGGAGCAGCAGCACAUGGGGCAGCAGGAGCAGCAGCACAUGGGGCAGCAGGAGCAGCAGCACAUGGGGCGGUGGUAGAUGGAGCGGCAGCACAUGGGGCGGCAGCAGAUGGGGCGGCAGCAGAUGGGGCGGCAGCAGAUGGGGCGGCAGCAGAUGGGGCAGCAGCAGAUGGGGCGGCAGCAGAUGGGGCAGCAGCAGAUGGGGCGGCAGCAGAUGGGGCGGCAGCAGAUGGGGCGGCAGCAGAAGGGGCGGCAGCAGAUGGGGUGGCAGCAGAAGGGGCAGCAGCGCAGGAGCUAACAAGCGCAGAAGGAGAAGCAGGAGGGCCAGUGGGAGAGGGUGCGAGCACCGAAGGAGCAGCGCAGCCGCUGCCAGAGGCAGAGUCGGGAGGAGGACAACGCACAGCUGACGAGCAGAUGAGAGAAGACAAGCAGCUGGGCAGCAGAAGCCCAACGCACACACCCUUGAAGGGGCGCACAACACCAAACAAGAGCAUAUGCAUACCCUCCAAAAAGAGCACACCUCGAAAUAAAAGCACACCCCCAAAUAAGAGCACACUCGCUAUUCCUGUGGAAGUGUUUUGCCCGCCGUUGGAAUCCCUAACCCUCGAGAGCAUUCAGUUCGCCGCCGAUUAUGACCCUUCCUGGCUGCCUUCUCCCCUCCCCUCUGCCUCGCCUCUCAUGUGCCCCUUGCCCCCGACCACACCCCUCCCUUCCCAUUAUUCAUCCUCCUCCCCCUAUCCUGUCCCGAGAAGAUUGAGUAGCGAGCCACAGACCUUUGAAUCCGUGGCACGAGCUGCUGUGUUUGGAAGGCUCAAGAGCUUGGCACUCUUGAACUGCUGUGGGCUGGGGGAGGGACAGCUGGUGAGGCUGCUCCGUGCAUGUGGCAUGCUGGAGGAUCUGCGCGUGGAAGGCAGUGAUGCGUUCUCAGACAUGGUGAUUGCAGGGAGUAAACUGGAGAUGCUGACUAGGCUGACUGCGGUGGGGUGUGGUGGAGUCACUGCAGGCGGCGUUGGUGGGCUGCUGGGGAACGUGCCAAGGCUGCGGUAUUUGAAGGUGGAGGCGAGUAAGGUUUCUGAAAGGGCUCGCCGGGAGUUGCUUCGUGCUGGAGUGGUUGUUAGGGGAGUGUGA